AUGAUAAACACCGAAUUAAAAACAAAAACAUUUUUAAGAAGCUAUUUUAAUUCUAACUUGUGCUUAAAAUUCACAGUUAAUAUAUUUGGAAGUUUCAAAACUUAAGUAAUAAACUGUGAAUAUGAAUGAAGUAAAUGAUAGCUGGACGCCAUUCAAACAAUUACAACAGUAUGUCGAAUCAUUCAUUUGCAAGUCUUCCCAUGAAAGCAACUUGGCUAAAUUUGACAGUCUUCUCAGGAAAAAUCGGCAUUAUUUUGCAUCAAUUCUUACAAAUCCACCAAAAAAUGAUGGAGCCCGCAAAGAAAUCCAGCAGGGAAUUUCCAGUGGAGUUGUUAUUCCUGGUUUCGGUCAAACUAAACUUUCUACCGAUUUGGUUGAUGAGGCAAUAACUCUUUCAGAUAUGUACAAUCUAAAUGAGUUUAUUUCAUUGGAGCUGCUGACAACAGCUCAACAGCAAAUGUCGCAUUAUCCAGGAUUACCUCGUGGAUUAAUAGCAAUUUUGUUAUAUUAUGACGGAAAGAAAUCUUUAGUAUUGACAUUGAAGAGUCUCAUGCAAGCUCGGCUCGGUGUUUCAUGGUGUACAGACGUUUCCUACGAUAUUUCUGCGCUGGUUACAAAUUAUACUGAUUCACUUGUAGCCGAAGGCUUACUGAAAAAAAUCAUUGAUGCUCUUGAUAAUCUCGACAUUACUAAAGAAUUAGAAUUGUUAGCAAAAAAUCGAGCUCUUGGACCACCAAAACAUCAUCGAAUGGUUCUGGAUCUCUAUGAAGAGAUUCGUCAAAACCUGGCAAUAGCGUUAUUCAACUACUCCGCACAAUCUGGAUUGCCUAAGGACAUUACAAUUGAUUUAAUUCACUACCUAAAAAAGUCCAAGGUGAAUGGUGCUCGUGGUGAGAUCGAUGAUGUUACUGUAACUUUAAUGAUGGCUUUACUUUAUGCUAUUGAUAUCAGCGCCAUUCAUAGAAGAGAGGAUGGUGAUGAAAUAGUUCGUCGUUUGCCUCUUGUCAAUGAUCCUGAUUAUAUUGAAAAUAUAAUGCAAGAACUUAUUAUAACUAAUGAAGAUCCUUCAUCGAAUUCCAACUUAUGGCAAUGUGCAGGCUUACGCUCUUUAGCUAUAUUCGCAUUAGGACUUACUUGUGGAAAUUUAAGAUUAGCACCACAGAAUUUAUAUCCAAGCGCGCAACAAAUUAUUGAUAAAGACGAGGAACUUGUAGAAAUCGGAAUUCACUUCAAAGUCUUUGAGUUUCUUCACUUCACAUUUCUACAAAACAACAUAAUUUAUAAGACAGAAUUCUUUUAUCGUCGUCUGCAUUAUCUCUUCACAGAUUUUAUUGAGAUUAUGCAUUCAAAAGUCACAGAAUUAAGAGCCCGUGCUGAUGAAACUGCUCGAAUUAUUCAGAACUAUCAACAGCAAGGCUUGGAACCACCAAAUAACAUCGACGUACAUUUUUCAAACUUUCUUUAUGCUAUCGGAAAGUUUUAUCGAAACGAUGAAUUAAAUUUACAUUUAAAUUUAGAGUAUUGGGGCCCGAUGGAGUUUGUCGGUAAAUCUCAUCGAUCUUCAUCUCGUUCUGUGUGUCUCUUCAAAUUUAUACGCCUUGCUGGUGAACUUUUGCCACAGAUAUUAUUCAUACCAUAUUUGAAAAUGCUUUCUGGACUUUCUGGCAAUCCGCAGGCAGCGCGUAAUGCUUUCAAUCUACUGAAACAAGGCAAUGGGUCUUCUGGAACGGCAACAGUUUCGUGGGAUCAUUUUUUCACAUCGUUGGCACGUUAUUAUCAAACACUGCGUCAUGAACAACAACCCAGCACGGAUACAAUUUAUAGGUCGAAAUUAUUCUCAAGAAACAUUGAUCCACAAGAAAUCGCAGCUCUUCAAGCAGUUCUUGAAGUCAUUCGAACUGUUGCGACACACGACGAAGUCGCAAGAAUUUCUCUUUGUGAGCAGCCAAGUUAUGCACCGAUGCCAGUCAUGCUUGGACUUAUAAGUUGUUCAAUUGUUAUACCACUGAAAGCUGAGUUAAUUUUAACACUUGCGGCUCUUGCACGAUCUAGUGAAACAGCUGUUCAACUUUGGAAUCUUCUUGAAGCAUCACAAAUUAUCUGCACUAUUCCGAGCACGCAAAAUUUCGGCAAUCGAGGAAUUGAAUCGGAAUUGGAAGAAAUUGAAUCAAGGAAUGAAACUUAUCCGUUGACGCAAUCGAUUUUGGAACUUUUUCAUACUCUUUCAGGAGUCAUCAUACCAAGAGCACUUGGAGCUGGUCCAAGAAAACCUGGUCUGGAUCCUUACAUAACAUUCAUUAUCGAUUCGGUGUUUGUUAAAUUUUACAAUCGAAACUAUAAGAAUCCUGAAGAGAAAUGGGAAAUUGCUGAGAAGUGUUUGAAGAUUUUCGAUUUCUUUUUAAAGAUUUAUGAGCCUUCAUCGCGUGAUUUUCCUAUCAAUAAUGUCAUUAAAGAAGAAAAUCCACCACCAGGCUUUCAUAUUAUGCUCUCGAUGAAUACAAAAACAGAAUUUCUCCGUCUCAUUCUGCAUUUGAUUAAUGAAGCUUGCAUAAUGUUUGACACUUAUGCGCCAUUUGCUGGGAAGAAACAACUAAAAAAUGCAGUUCUGCACGCAUUAAACAUCGUAGAAAUGUCAUUGAUAAAGCAAGAGUCAUUCUUUGACUCUCAUUUCACUGCCAGCAGUUCAAUUUUCAUCUCAGGCCUCAACAAACUCAUACUUGACAUAAACCCACGGAGUGGUAAAAGUGAUCACGUGCUUAAUAUCGCAAAAAUGGUUACAUACAAUGCUGCCCUUCCCAAGCACUCUUUACAAGCUAUCAGAAUUUUACGACUUUUAAUUCGACAUCCCAAUGUCAACAGCCAACUUCUCGGGAUGUUUACAUUUAAUGAUAAAAUAAAACUCGAAAUACGUCAAGGUUUUGUAGAAUGUCUCGAGAAUGAAAUUUUCAUCGACAAUGAAGAUGAAGAUUGUGGAAUUGAGAUAAAAAUUAAAGAAGAAAUUUUGCUUCUUUUGAGAGAUUCACUUCCACAAGCAGCACCAAAUGUUGCUCAUUAUCUUCUCGGCUUCGAUGUCAGUAAGGAUAUUCGCUUAAGUAACUUGCAACAUCCUGGAGUUCUUGAUUUUCCAAGUACAUGCUCGAAAUCGCUCAUCUUGUUAUUGGAUCAUUAUUUAGAAGAUGUAAAAUCCAAUCGGGUCCUUUCAAACGCACAUCAAAUCUUAAUAGAAAGCGCUUACAGUCUCAUCUAUCAACUUUGCUUCAAUGUUAAAACAUCAGAAGUUUUCCUUAGAUAUCUGCGGUCAUCUGGUGAUUUCCUAAUACGUCACAUUAUGGAACUUCCUUUUAAGAAUUCUAAUGAAAGCCAUCAUGUCCUUAAUCAAAUGACAGGGCUUCUUAAAAGUGUCGCAAUUGAACUGAAGGUAACAUCAGAGAAAAAUCAAUUAAGUCAAUUUGGAAACUUAUGUAAAGUAUUGCUGGGAAUGGCUCAAACUUCAAUGAAUACGCAAAACCAUCAUCAUCAAUUGGAGUUGGGACAUUAUCUUUCAUUUAUGACGAAUGAUGCUUCAGCGCGUAAGAAAACGUUUUCCUCAAAACUUCUUAUUUGUGAGCUUUUGAACUCAUUGGAUCUCGAUAUGAAACCAUUGGAACGUCCAAAAUGGGAUUAUUUUGAUAAUUCCUUAAUGCAACAUCUUUUUAAUAGCAGUGAGACUGUGUUGAUCGAUAAUGGAAUAAAACUGAUUGAUGUGAAGAAAGUUCACUCGAUUUUGAAGGAAGAAUUGAAUUCUGUUCAAGCAACAGUUGCAGCAGGACAGCGUCAAGAUAUCAUUCAAGAAAUUGAAUCAAUUAUGACGCAUGCAUUGAAUAUGAAUCAACAAAAAAUAUCAACAGCAGCAAAUGCAAUGUUUCUUGAAGCUUGGAGUCAAGUCACUGAAAUUAUAUUCAGCGUCAAUCCAUCUUUUUAUUUCAAUUCGGAUGUAAAGCAACAUUUAAUCAUUGAAAUUCUUCAAUGCCUUUUGAAAUAUUUAGUGCCAGCUCAAGUGUCGCACGUUUUUCCUGAUUUAUCAAACAUCGCAUCGUCAACUGUUCUGUUGUUACUGAUGAAUUUAAGAUCUUGUUUUGGAAAGAAGUUAUCCUCGAACGAAAAUGCAUCAUUCUUAAAUAAAUCGCCAUCAAAUCUAAAUUUCACUCUCGACAACAUUGGAUCUUCUCCAAAAUCGAAUACUUUACAUCUGAAGUACAUUUUUCGUAACAUAAUCGAGUGGAUUAUUGUGAGUGGAGCAGGAAGUCAAAAGUUGCGGAUGAAUCUUUAUGCAGCUUUGUUAAAUUUCAUUUACAUCAUUAAAGGCGACAGUCAAAGUCAAAAACUAGUUCAAUUUGAUGAUCAGAAGAAAGAUUUUUAUGUUUCACGAUUAGACAGAACAAUUAUGAAACGAAAUGAAAAGCUUGAUGAUGACGAUGAUGACGUUAACAGUCAAAUUGAAAUGGCUUCAGAAAUUCUUAAUUCUUUUGGCGAUAAAUUGACUGACAUUUUAUGUCAUGAUUGCACGGGAGGUCAUGACGUAGUCAAAAUGUUGGCACUUUCUUGCAUAGAUUUACUUCUGGAUAUCGAUACGAUGACGCAUUGCAUUCAUUUUGUUUCAUCACGAGGAUAUUUGUCUAACAUCAUUGACAGUUUACUUAAAGCUGAUCAAAAGUUGUGUCACAUAUUAGACAAUCAGCCUGUCAGCUUGAAAGCUUUGUAUGUCUACGAAUCAAAAAUGACAAUGCUUAGUCGUUUCGGAGGAUCUUACAUUGGAGCCGAAUUGCUUCUUGAACAUCGUGUCAUUAGCAUUUUAUCACAAAUGAAGGUUUUUGAUCUUCAUCCAGAUUUUAAAAUGACAACUGGCAGCAACAUGAUGGAAAAUAAUUCUUUCAUCCCUUCAAUCGAAACUCGUUAUCAACAAAUUCUCUUUCCAGCAUUGAAUCUUUGCGAUGUCAUUCUUCUGACAUUGGGACCAGAAAAUCAAUCCGUCAUUACUCAAAUCACACAUUUUCUACUAUCACAUGCUGACACAAUUGAAAUAGUUUUACGAGCAGGAACACCACAGAUGAGUCUUGGACUUCUUCAAGAACUUUCUGCACUAACUGGUUUAAUUGCUAGAGUUGCAAAUCAAAAUAUAAGUGAAAUGAUUGAUCCACGUGGAAGCAGUGAUAUGGGAGCUCAACUUUUUCGACUGCAGAAAUUAAUGAUGACUUUGUUCCCGCGAUUUUUGGUUAAGGAACUUAGUAAUAAAUCUAAUGAGAGCACUUCAUUAAAUUCUCAAAUGGAUGUCGAUGGUCAUGAACAUCUUAGUGAAAUUGAAAAGCAGUGGGUUGAAACGAAAAAAGCUCGACUUCAAAUUGCUGCAAACAUUACAUUCUAUGCCCGCAAUUGCAUUGCCAAUUAUUCUGUUGAUCAUCGAGCCACAAAAGUUUUAUUUUCUGUAAGGAAUGAACAUUUUCACGGAGGUGAUUCUGGAACAAUUGAAACAUCUCCCGAAUUAAAUCUCGUUGUGAUGCAAUUGAAACAUUCGGUGGAAUUUUAUCAAUCGGAAAAGUUGACAUACGAUGAAUUAGUUAGACAGAAGAACAUUCUUUCAAACAUAACUCUCAAUGCAACUUCAACUUAUCAAAAUAAGUUUUUGUCCGAUAAAUUAUACGAGAAAUUGCAAAGUCUUAAGCUCAGUGCGUUUAUAACAGAAAACUGUUUAUAUCUGCUUUGGACACAUUUAGAUUAUUAUAUGCUUCGUUCAAUCUCACCGACAGUUCAAUUUAAUGGCUUUUCUUCUAGCAGCGGUCAAUUGAUGAACACCGUAAACAACAUCAAAGUUACAAGUGAUGAUAUUGGAAAUCUUAAACUUUAUCUCGUAAACAUCUUCAAUGAAACAUUUUCAAAGCAAAUUUUAGCCACUACACAGGAUCAGUUUUCAAACGAUAAAGGAUUUAUGGAUGCACUUUUAAGACGAAUCAAGAGAUUAAUUCAGUUCGUUCCAGUUCAAUAA